AUUGUACUGAUUUCACAGAAACAAUUUCUCCUAUUAUAAAUGAUGAAUUUUCUGAAGAAGAUUUCAGUCCAAAAUUAAGGAAUAUUAAACCACCAAUAUUUGCUGAACUAAUAAACAAAAAAAUAAAUACUGAUGAAGAUGCUAA